AUGGAUAAUGCUCUCCAGCUGAUGAUUCAAAGGGAAACUCUAGUUUCCAACUCUUCUUCUGAAACGAUUGAUAGACACAGUGAGGAUCUGUCCUGUCUCGUGAAAGAGUCCCUCGAAACACAGCUGACGAAGAUGAUCCGACAAUUAAGGAUCCACAAAAAGCUGCGGAAAUCAAAGCUAUACUUUGGUGGGUACAGGAACGACAGAUUGAUCAUUGUGAUGCGGAACG